GUGAAAUUCGAAGAAAAAUGUUUCUGUCGUUGGGUCAGUACGAUCGAGUGUAAAUCUAAAUUUGGUAGAAAUAUCAGUGGAAAGUAUACCAUAGUGUAUCAGUGCACCUAGUUAAAUGGCUCAGAAAAAUACCGAAGACCUGUGCGAAUUUAUAAAACGAAUACCAAAAGUUGAGCUUCAUGCCCAUCUCAAUGGAUCAUUAAAUAAGGCUGCAUUCCAGGCAUUGAAUGUACUGAAUGGAAGUAGAGUUGAUGAACAGUUCUAUCAGAUUCUAUCGAGCGAUCCCGUCAAUUUGAAAGCUUGCUUUUCCAAGUUUAAAUAUGCACAUGAACUUACGCAAACCGUUGAAGCUGUAUCUUUAGCUACAGUAAUGGUCAUCGAAACUUUUAGCAAAGAAAAUGUAAUUUAUUUGGAACUGAGAACAACUCCAAGACCUCUGCAAAAGGCGACGACAUGUGAAGACUAUCUGAGAGCUGUAAUUUCAAGUAUCAUUGAAUGUCGCACGAAAUACCCACAAAUUUUGGUAAAAUUGCUUCCAUCUAUCGAUCGAGGGAAAGGAAGCAAUAUUGCCAAGGAAAAUCUAGACAUUGUCAUCAAAAUGAGAAGAGAGUAUCCAGACAUUAUUUGCGGUGUUGAUUUUAGUGGUUCACCAACAGAUGGAAAGUUUAAUGAUUACAAAAUGAUACUCGAAAAAGCAAGAUCGAAUGGCCUAAAGUUGGCACUGCACUGUGGUGAAGUUGAAAAUCCGAUGGAGAUUAGAGAGAUGCUUCAGUUCGGAAUGGAUAGAUUGGGACAUGGUACUUUCAUUAAAGGUGAAGAGUUUAAAUUGCUGAAAUCAUUGAAAAUUCCGGUGGAAUGUUGCCUAACUAGCAAUGUCUUAUCAAAAACGGUUGAAACGUAUGAGGACCAUCACUUUAAAGAGUUAUUCAACCUGAACCAUCCAGUUGUGAUUUCGACUGAUGACCUAGGCGUAUUUAAUACUUCGUAUUCGAACGAGUUACUCAUUGCACAUAAUACGUUUAAUUUGACCAAGCAGGAUUUACUUCAAUUGACGGAAAAUGCUAUCCUGAGCUCGUUUACAAGCGAAGUGGAAAAAACAGCUCUGUCUGAUAAGUUGAGUUCGUUUAAGCAGGAAAUUUUACAUUGAAAUUAGAUGAUUUUUUUCACCGGAAAAUUAAAUUUAUUGAAUCUCCUGUU